AUGGCAUCAUCGUUGCAACUACAUUUAUUCCAUGUGUGCUUUUUAAUAUCUUUCAUUGAUUUGGCAUCAUCUAAAAUUGAUCUACCAAAUCGUUCUACGAAUGAAAGUCCAAUUAUUGAACUAUCUAUCUAUCCAAGUGCUGGUGCUGCAACUGAACGCAUUCAAGUUCGUUGUGAAAUAUUACAAUCAACAUCAUCAGCACCGUUAUCAUCGUCACAAUUUGAACCUGUUUAUUUAUCGGUUAAAACAGGUCUUGUAAGACCGUCUGGUAUUCUCAUUAUGUUUGACGAUAUCACAGAUGUAUGUCGUCUAAAUCGUCCAGAUCUUAAUGUUGAUGUUUGUAAUGCAUCACUCAUACUGUUUCAUGUUACUCACACAGUUCUCAAUGAAACUCUUGAUAAAAUAGAUUAUUCAUGUAUAAAAGGAUCCACUACAGCUAUUAGGUCAUAUCGAAUUAAAAAAGAUCAAUCUGCACGCUAUUAUGACCAAAACGACAAUUCGUCAUCUUGUUUGGUGCAUUCUUCUUUUCUAUUAGUAUUUGUUCUUUUCAUACAUCAAAUAAUAAUCACUAGACUUUAA